UUAAGAAUAAUUAAAAAAAAAAAAAAUGUGGAAAGCUUUAGCUAUCGAAACUAAUAGGUUUUCAUUACCAAAGGUUCGCAUUUUUAAAGUUCCAAGCUCAACCGCCAAUGAAAAGUUGAAAUCUGAAAAUAAGAAGAAGGAACCCAAACGUUUCGUUUUUUCUUCGGUUUUAAUGCGUUCAUCUCCAGAAAGGGCUCGAUUAAAACUUCCUGGACAAACCCGAAUAAGUAAUCUAAAUGCAAACGUCACAUCAAAAAAACUUCGUUCCAAAUGGUUCUUUUUAUCAACAGCCCAUCGACGUAUAUUCCUUAGAAAAGGUUUAAACUAUUUUGGUUCCUCUAAUCGGGAUACUAUUCAAAUUUUUGAAAAUCGUCUAUCAGAACGUGAAAUGGCAAUUUAUGUUCCAGAAGAUGAUAAUGAUGAAUCUUGUCUUGUCGUUGAAAACAAAGGAAAUUGCAUUCAUAAAGGGAAUCGAAUGAAUUUUUACAAAAAAAAAGCAUUAUUUAGCGGUGAUGAUAUGGCUAUUAAAACACAUGAUAACAGGAAGCUUAUAUAUUUUGUAUUUUUUAAAAACUGAACCAAUAAAUGAUAU